AUGGCAGCGUCGCAGGCAUGGUGGGAACCACCUCCAACCCCUCCACCCGCCGACGGCUCGACACCAAACCUUGAAUUCGAAAAGCUGAAUGUCGAGAGCGUACCUGACCCAGCUACAGAAGAGCUUUUGACGAGAAGAGUACACAUCCUUGGUACUGGAAGCAUUGGCACUCUUGUUGCUCAUUCUUUGGCCAUCCUACCCAAUCCUCCUCCAAUCACUUUGCUUCUCCAUCGCUCGGAGCUCUACGAAGACUUCAAGACUGGCAAGCGUAUCGUGCGGCUAGUAAACAAAAACACCGAGGUCAACGAUGAGCAAACCGGGUUUGACGUCGAUGUGUGCGAACCAGCAGAGCAGGGUCAUUUCUGGCGUCACAUCUCGGAUACAAUGAAGGAAGACCCAGAUCAUCCGCCCAGCGCUAAGAAUCCUCUUAGUCCAGUUCAUCCUCCAGUCAAAGCAGAAAAGAUGGAAACCGGUGAGGUCUUUAUCUACACUCUCAUCGUCACCGUGAAAGGGCCUGCCACUGUCACCGCCCUCGAUGCUAUCAAACACCGAGUUGACUCAAGAACCACUAUACUGCUCAUGCAGAACGGUAUGGGUCAGAUAGACGACCUGAACGCAAAGGUCUUCACUGACCCUCAGACGAGACCAACAUAUAUGCUAGGCAUCAUCUCUCAUGGAUGCUAUAUGCAGGGCCCUUUUGCUGUUAUUCAUGCAGGCUUCGGAUCGGUUGCUCUUGGGAUAUAUCGAGACACUGACAAGUACCCACUGCCUCCUAAAGACGACCAGCGACCUAUUGCCGAUCUCCCUGAAGCCGAUCGCAAAGCAUUGUAUCCAACCGACGCUGAUCUCUACUCGAAUCUAUCCUCGCGUUAUCUUCUGAGAACGCUAACACGAUCACCUGUUUUGGCUUGCGCCGCCUACCCUUACCUUGAUCUCUUCCAGCUUCAGCUCGAAAAGCUAGUAGCCAAUAGCAUACUCAAUCCUCUGACAGCUUUGCUAGAUGUCGAGAACGGCGCCAUGCUUAACAACCCCGCUCUAAGACGAGUUCGCCGGCUUCUGCUCGCCGAGAUAUCUAUCGUCAUUCGCAGCCUCCCAGAGCUUGAGGGAAUACCCAACGCACAAUUACGUUUCUCUCCAAACCGCCUCGAGAAUUUCUACAAGGCAAUCUGCCGGAAGACUGCCAAGAACUCCAGCAGUAUGCGGGAGGAUCUACGUCAUGCGAAAUACACCGAGAUCGACUAUAUCAACGGCUACAUCGUCAAGCGUGGCGAAGAGUUGGGCAUCAAGUGCGUGUUAAACUACAUGGUUAUGCAAUUGGUCAAAGGCAAGUCGGAGUAUCUGUUCCAAACUGGAUUAGGACCUAUACCGAAAGAUAUCAGCGAACAAGCCACAACAGAGGACGGUGAGACUGUUGUGCUGGAGGAUCUGGGAGGAAGACAAAUUGGAGCAGAUGAUGAAACUCAGACUGAUACUGCUGAGCCCAAGCGCUAG